AUGGCGUUCUACAAUUCUCUCUUUCUAUUAUGUCUCGUGUUUUUGAAUUUUCUCAAUCUGGGUUGUACAGAAAUAGAAACAAGAAACGCGACACUGAAGAACACGACGGGUGAAAAUCACUCGGUUUCUCUCUCCUUUUCCCUCUCGUCCGUCCCUCUCUCUCACAGCACUUAUUCUUCCCAAGAAGAAAUUCAAUCUUCUUCUCUUGUGUCAUUACCAAAAGGACAUGGCCAUCAAAGAUCAAAUGGUGCAGUCUCAUCAUCACCGUUGAUAAACUAUAAAUCAUCAUUCAGGUACUCAAUGGCUCUGAUUGUUUCUCUCCCAAUUGGGACCCCACCACAGACUCUACCAAUGGUGUUGGACACAGGCAGCCAACUUUCAUGGACUCAAUGCCAAAGAAAGUUACCAAGAAUGUCCCCAACGACGUCGUUUGAUCCUUCUCUAUCUUCUUCCUUCUCUAACCUCCCAUGCAACAGCCCACUUUGCAUGCCACGAAAUCCCGAUUUUACCCUUCCAACUUCUUGUGUGAACAAUUUAUGCCACUAUUCAUACUUCUAUGCGGAUGGGACUUUAGCAGAGGGCAAUCUCAUCACAGAGAAAUUCAUAUUGUCACCUUCCCUAAUUACUCCUCCAUUGGUUCUUGGUUGCACCACCAGCUCCAGCGAGCCUCAGGGUAUUCUGGGAAUGAAUCUUGGGCGGCUAUCGUUUCCCUCCCAAGCUAAAGUCUCAAAAUUCUCUUACUGCGUGCCACUCCGACAAGGAACUCCGAGGAUUACACCGACCGGAACAUUUUACCUUGGAGAGAAUCCAAAUUCACAUUCAUUUAAAUAUGUCAAUCUUCUGUCUUUUCCUCAAAUACAAAGCAUGCCAAAUUUCGAUCCUUUGGCAUACACUCUUCCCAUGACGGGGAUAAUGAUCGGCGGAAAGAAAUUGAACAAACCGGUAUCAGUUUUCCGGCCGGAUUCUGGUGGUUCAGGCCAAACGAUGAUUGACUCCGGAACCCAGUACACAUUUUUAGUGGAUGAGGCAUACUCUAAGGUAAAAAAAAUGCUAUUAUUAUUAUUAUUAUUAUUAUUUCAAAUUUAUAGCGAACGAGAAUUUUACCGUUCAAAAUAUGACAUUAAUUAA